CCAUUCUUUCUCAUCCAUCCCAAGUCCUACUUGUGAUAUAAAAUAAAAUAGCAAGAAAAAAUAAUGGAAGCAUUUUCUUCAAAGUUCCUUCUCGUAACUUUUGCAUUUAGCUUCAUCACACACUCUAUACAGGCAAGUGAAACCAACACCUUAUUUAUUAGAAAUUCUUGUAGUUGCACAACUUAUCCAAGACUAUGCUAUGCAUCCCUAGUGAAGCAUGCCGAUUUUAUACAAACCAACCGUGUGCUUUUAACGGACACGGCCCUAAACGUGACUCUUGCAUCCGCGAAAUCAACCUCGGCUUUCAUGUCGACGCUCUCUAGAGACCGGGGUUUGAAGCCAAGAGAGGCUGCAGCUAUGAAGGAUUGCGUCGAAGUGUUGAGUGACUCGGUUGAUGAACUCAGAAGGUCUAUAGGUGAGAUGAGUCAUCUUAGGAAUUCAAAUUUUGAGUUAACAAUAAAUGAUGUACAAACUUGGGUUAGUGCUGCUUUGACGGAUGAGAGCACUUGUACCGAAGGAUUCCAAGAGAUUAAUGCAAAGGACAAUACUCAGACAAUAGUGAGAAGCAAAAUUGUUCAAGUAGCUCAAUUGACUAGCAAUGCUUUGGCUUUGAUAAACAAACUUGCUAACUCACGUGGUUAAUUUCGUAACUUCAAAAUUGUAGCAAAAUUAAUGUCAUUGAAGUGGAAGUCUAUAGAAGUUAUAUGGCAUCAAGUUGGAAGUUGGUACUCAAACUUAAGUGUGUGAAAAAUAGUAAAUAUGUUAACUAUUAUGGUUGUUGAAACUGAAGUUGUGUAAUUAGGUGUUUAAGAUUGUAACAGUUAUUGCUUCAUAUUUUAAGAUUGGACUUAAUUCUAAGUUGUAAAAACAAUUUGUAAGGUGGGGAUCGGUCUGUCUAAAAUGUAGAUAUAAAUGGCACUAUAGUGGAAACGAGAAAAUAGGUGGCUUAAUGGAUUUUUAAACAAAUCUUUUAUAUCAUCUUAAAA